UGUAAGAUAUAUGUAAGCUAAGGAUAGGGAAACAUGUCAUACAUGUUAUUCUAUUAUAUUUAGAAAUACCAGUGCUUAACGUUUAUGCAAGGAAAUUAUUUUUUAUUUCCACUUUUGGGUGUUAUAGGAAGGUAUUGUAGAAAUGAAUGCUGAUGAACCACCAUAUUUAACAAUUGGCACUGAUGUCAGUGCCAAAUAUAGGGGAGCCUUCUGUGAAGCUAAAGUAAAAAAGAUUAUGCGACAACUGAAAUGUAAGGUUACUUUCAAAAACAGUCUUGGGUCUGCAGUUUUACCUGAAGACCAAGUGCGGGGAGUUCCAAAGGUUGGAGCUAAGGUUGAAGCCAAGCACCCAGAAAAAAAAUCAAUAUUGGAUGCAAUCAUUAAUAAAGUUCUUGAUCAAAGUCUCUAUACUGUUGUUUUUGAUGAUGGAGAUGAAACAACACUAAGAAGAACAUCUCUUUGUUUAAAAAGUGGCAGACAUUUUGCUGAAAGCGAGACUUUAGAUCAGCUCCCACUAACAAAUCCUGAACAUUUUGGAAAUCCCGUAGUUGGCUCUAAAGCAAAGAGAAAAAGAAGAUCAACCUUGAAUUCUUCUUCCAUAGAAGACCUAAGUAGUGAUGAAGAGUCACCACCCAGAAAAGUACAAAAACCAAAACUGAAAGAUAAAGACCCUGACCUAGGAAAAGUGGUGAGGAUAGACAUGGGAGAUAGAAGGAAAAAAGAUAGUUGGUUUCCGGGACUGAUUGUAGCACCUUCAGCACAAGAUAGUUUGAAAAUUAACACCAAAGAAGAAUACCUUAUUAGGUCUUUUAGAGAUGGAAAAUACUACCAAUCUUCUAAGAAGGAUGUUAAAGAAUUUCAGCAGGAUAUUAACAUAUCUAAAAUUGAAAACACUUCCCUUAAAGCAGCUGUAGAGAAAGCUUUCCAGUUUAUUCAGAAUGAAACUCUUCCACCUCAGUGGGAUUGGGAUGUUUUGGGUUUGAAUUCCACCUCGGCUGAGGAGGAUGACAACGAAUUAGAAUCUGAGUCUUCUGAUGAUGAGCCAAGUGAAGAAAAAGAUCAUUUUGUUGCUCAGCUUUACAAGUUUAUGGAUGACAGAGGGACUCCUAUCAACAUUGCUCCUACUGUAGGCAAUAGAGAUCUAAACCUUUACAAGCUUUUCAAGACUGUGCACAAACUCGGUGGUUUCAAUAAGGUGAGCAGUCAAAACAUGUGGAAAAUAGUCCUAAGUAAGAUGGGGCUUCCUCCUUCAGUUCAUGCUACUCCAAAUCAAAUGAGAUCUGCAUACAAAAGGUUCCUUCAUAGUUUUGAAGACUUUAACCGCAAGUUAGGCUGCACAAUGGUUACGACUUCCAGGUCAAGUCGAGUGCGACAUCGCUCUGAGAGACACCGCAUAUUUAUUCAUCCUAAGGAUAGAGAAGUGUCAGAGUUAAAAGCCACAGGGAAAGAAACUCUUGGAAAGUCAGAGAAGCAAAAGAAAAGGGAAUUUAAGGAAGAAGAAAAUCAGAAUGAAGAAAUUGAAAAGGGAAGACUUUCUCGUUCACAAACACUCGCUAAGGAUGAAGAUCUGAGCAACGAUAAUGAAAAACAGCCAGUGAAAGAAGAUCGUAGGCCUCGAACAAGGGAAGAAGCCAAAAGAGAAAAAUCAGCAAGCCCUAACAAACAAGAAACACUUUUUUCACCCAAGGCAGAGAAAAGGGAGAAGGAUAAUGUGAAAAAGAGUGAUGGUAAAAGAGAUACGUUGGUGAGUGAGAAUGAUACUAAAGAAGAAAGGUCCAGUGUAAAAGAAGAAAAACAGUUGAAAGACGUAAAAAAUGAAAAAUCUGUUAAACUUAUGAAGCAAGAUGAAAAAAACCUUAAACAAAUAAAAGUUGAAAAACUUACAAAGUCAAAAAGGGACAACAAAAACCUGAAAGAAGAAAAGGUUGAAGAAAAGGAAGACAAGUUUCUGAAAGAGAAAAUAACUAAAGGAAAGAGGAAAGUGACGGAAAAAAGAAAUGAUUUGCUUCAGAAAGUGGCUAAGAAGCAGUUAGAAAAACCUAAAGUUGUUGAAGAUGACAAGCCACAUCAGCUUGAAGAUGAAAACGAUAAUGCACAAGGUAAAAAACUGGAAGGAAGACUUGAGCUAGGAGACAGAGUGAAAGUGAAAUAUGGAUCUGGAAAACAACAAAAAAUAUAUGAAGCCAAGAUAACAAAAAUAGAAACUGAUGCAGGAGAAAAGCAGUAUUCUGUACAUUACACUGGCUGGAAUGUAAGAUAUGAUGAAUGGGUAAAAAGAAGAAGAAUCAUAGAAAAAAUAACAGAGAAAAUUACCACAUCUAAAGUAAAGAAGGCAAAUCAAUUGAAGGGAGUCCAAGGUGCCAACACACCAGCCACGAGAGGAAGACCCCCAGGAUUAUCUGUUGCCAGACUUCCAUCUCAUUCAUCCCCUUCUACCUCAUCACGAAGGUCUUCCACAAGCUCAUCUCCUUCUGUUUCAGGAAGAGGACGAUCUACCCGGUCAGACAGAAACAGCCUUUCUGAAUCACCCUUUGUUUAUGGCCUAACAACAAAACGACAGACGAGACACAGAUCUGGGAUCUCUGUCACCUCACAGAAUGAUGUAUGUCAAGAAACAGAUGAAAGUGAUGAAGAAGAAUAUGCUUCAGAAAUUGAAGUUGAAGCACAAGAUGAUGAUCAAUUAGAAGAAAGUGUAAAGAAAACUGAUGAAUUAGAACCUGUGUUUAUUGAAGAUGAACUAUCUCUUUCUGAGGUAAAUGAGUCAGAUCAUAAAUGUAAGGUUGAACAAAGUGAAGCCUGUAGUGAUUAUGAAAUAAAUGAAAACAUAUUUCAGGAUAGUUCAGAAGAAGACAAAAAAAAUAUUUCCAUAAAGGCUGAAGAAGAAUUAGAAAUUCAAGAAGAUUGUCCUCAAGACAAAAAUGAAUCAUUGAAAUCACUUUCCAAUGUUAAGAUUAAACAAAAAGUUUUGAAAAGACGUUCAAAACUUAGAAAAGAAAAAUGUGAGGAUGUGGUGACAGAUAUUUUUGAAAACUAUAUUAACAUAGAAGAUUCAUCAAGUACUGGAACUCCUGGUACUCCUUCAAUCAAGGAUGUUGAAGAAGAUUGUGAUAAAGACUUAACAAAAUUCAAGGCAGAUGAAGAUUGGCAAGAUAAAAGUGAUUCAUCUGAUAGCACAUGCAAUUUGAAAGAUAAAGCCAGACAAGAAGAAAAAUAUUAUGCUCUGGCAGUAGAGGAAAAUAUCGUAUUGAAAUGUGAUAACUUUAGUACAAGUAAUAAUUGCGAGAAUGAUGUGAUUGCAAAUGUGGAUGAACAGCAAGAUGUUGAGGAGUCCAGUAAUAUAAAUGAAGAACAAGAAUAUGAAGAUUUCAGCCAAGAACCUGAUGUUGCAAAUGAAGAUCUCCCAACAUUGAUAAAUACUGGAAAAUCAUCCACAGGUGAAUCAAAUAUAAUGAAAUUAUCUCAAUCACAACCCUUUGAAAUAGAGGAAGGUCGUGUUGAAAUAAGAAGUUCUGAUAAAGAAUGUAUGUCUAAUUCAUCUUCAGAUAAAGAGGAUUUCACACCAUCCAAUGUGGAUGGAGAAUGUGCCUUGCAACUAAAAGGUGAUGUGAAAGAAGAGGAAGUUGGUGAAGUAAUGAAGUCUGUUUCUGCUAUUACAUCGGAUGUUGUCAAGAGUGAUACAGAAGUAACAACUAUCAAGAGUGAAGUAAAUGAUUCUUGGGAACCAAUAGAAGAAGUUUUUGAAAAACCUAUAAGUGAACAGAAGAAUGAUAUGGAAAAAGAGUACUUGACUGAUAGUGGUACCUUAGUUGUUGCAAAAAGCUCUUCUGUAGAAGAUGUUAUAAAUAUCUGUUCUAAUGAAGUUGAGAAAGAUAAAAUGGUUUCUGAUAACUUCAAGGAGCUGGAAGCUAAGAAAGAAGGAAAGAAGAAAAAAUUAAAGGUUUCAAAACUAGGCAGGAAAGAUGAUGGAACUGAUGCUGAUGAGGGAAAACCAAAGGAAGGAAAAGGCCGUUCUAAGAAGAAGAAAGUUGAACUUGAAGAUUCAGAAGUAGUUGAAGGAAAAGGAAAAAUGAAAAAAGGAAAGGAUAAGAAGAAGGGAAAGAAAGUAAAGAGUGAUGGUGAUAUUGAAUUAGGAGGGGGCAAGCAAGAAUACUCACACUCAGAAUCUGGUAGAGUCAAGAAAAAAGAUGUUGAAGACCCUGAGAAACUCAAGAAAAAAGAAAAUGAAACAAUGGAAAGUGAGAAAGCAAAACGAAAAGAAAAGAAAAAGAAAACAUCCAAAGUUGAAGUUAAAGAGGAAGAUACAAUGGAAUUGGAUAAAACUAAAAAGGAAAAGAAAAAAUUAAAAAAAAAUAAAGAUGGUGUAACUCAAAAGAAACCAAAGAAGAAGAAGAAAGGUAAGACUGAUAAUGAUGUUAUGGACACAGAUGAUGAGAAAAAUGACAGUGCUGAAACUUCAGUGGAUAAUGAAAAGAUUGGAAGGGCAACAAAAAAAGAAAAGAAGAAAAAGAAAGCUAAAAUGAAAGAUGCCCCUCCUCCUGAGGAAGAACAAGACACUGUUUAUGAUGAAGUACUUCAAAAAACAGAGAAAUCAUUGUUUGAAGAAUCGGAUAUAUACAUACCAAAUAUCAAAGAUAAUGAGGUGGUUGAUGACAAUACAGAAACUAUUGAAGAAGCAGCUUUCCUGCUUUGUGAAGAGAAAGUUCCAGCAAGUCCUGUAGCUGGAGAUUCCAUGAAUCCCAGCUAUGAACACCAACCUCAGUCUGUGGUGCCUUCAACAGAAGUUCCAGAGUCAUCAAGAUCAGAAGACAUACAUCAGCAGCUAAUUUGCUCCCUGACCAGUGCUGCAGCAACAGUCUUGUCAUUUUCUAAAUCUGUUGCUCGUGCACCCUUAUCUGAUCCCCCUAACAAACAUGAUUCAGCUGUACUGGACAAUACUCCUCCAACCACUCCAGGCAGCGUUGGGUCUGUUUCGUCUAACUCUCCACCCUAUGAACAGGAGGGUUCUUCAGCAGAAAGUGCUCGCUAUAGCAGAGAUUCAGUGGAAGAAGAGUCUGACAGCUACCAAGGAGAUGCAAAAAAUAUUGAAGUUCCUCUAAAUGAAGACUCUUGUUCACGGACUGAUAGUAUUUGUUCAAAUGCAAGUAGUGGUUUCGUAGACAAAUCAAAAUCUUUAUCCUCUACAAGUAAGAAAAACAAGCAGCCAAGUUGUAUAUCGGAAGAUGCAUCUCCUGCAAAGAAAAAGAAGAAGAACAAUCGCCAGAGUCAAGACUUCAUUGAUGUUGGUCGAGCUAGUACAAGAUCAAGGCAUACUUCUUCAAAAGUACUUAGAGGUGAAUCCAGAGGAUCUCAUGGCACAGGAGAGAAUCGGACAGCAAGUAAUCCCAGGCUUUCUGAUCAUUCUUCCAGUAGUCCACAAAUCACUUCUGGAUCUACCAAUAGCUCUUUAAAUGCCCCAAGAUCACCUAGGUUUAAUUUUUAUGUUUCUUUAGAUGACUACACUGAUGCUGAUAAAAGAAUAGCAAUUCUUCAAGAAAGUUUAACAGAAUUAAGGAAGACCUACAUGGCCUUGAAAGCCGAGGUAGCCCUUAUUGAUCGACGAAGAAAGAGAGCUAAGAAGAAAGAGAGGGAAGCAGCUGCAGCUAAUUCAGUAACAUCACCUGGGUCAUGUACACAAGUUGGUGAAGCUAAGUCACCCUCCUAACCUUCUGCCAACAAGAUAUAACAUCUUCAUGCUUGUAAAGUUUUGGGUCAGUUAUACUGGCCUUUGGUCAUCAUUUUCUAUGGAAAGAAUGGUGCAUAAAAGUGUUGUCACUGUGUACAUAAUUAGUUAAAUGGUUUAAUUACAUUUCUGGACUACAUUGUUAAAAGGAGUGUUUUUUUUAAACAAUGAUCUUAAUGCUAAUAAAAGCAAUACAUUUAGUUAUAUAAAGCAUGUAUGAAAGAAACUGUAUUACAUUACAAAAAGUGUGUGGAUUGGAAAAGAGAUUUAUUUUGUAUAUUUUUAUAAAACAACCCUUGUCUGUACAAAAUUCUUCUCUGGAGUUUCAUGUAUCAGGUUGCAUGGAGUAUCUAAAUAGAGAAUGCUUGUCUGAAUUCUUGGUAAUGUGUUACUCUUACAAUGUCUAGAUUGCAAAAUGAUUGUGGUAGAAACCUAUUCCUUUACAAGCAGACUUAAGUAAUCUUUCUUUUAACAUUUAAGUUGUGGUGAACAAUAAUAUUUUCUCCAAUUGUAGAAAAACGUUUUAGUUGAUGCUAUUAUUACAUCUUUGUGAAUGUAUUUGAAAUAAGUUUAAUCUGGUGUUGAGAGACUAAAUUAUGUGUUGUAUGAAUAUAUAUAUAUCAUUGUUUCUGAAUUUUUAUAAAUAUCAGUAACUUAGAUGAUUCAUAACAAGAUGUAUUUACUGUAAAUCUUUUUAUGAAAUGUUUUAAGAGUUUAUUCUGAGAUUAACUGAAAAAAACAAAAGAUAACAGUGGUAUGCUAUGACAUCAUCAAUCUAUGUGGUAUGUAUUUAGAUAUAACUUACAGGGAACUAGGAACUGGCGCUGAACUGAAAUCAGUGGACAUUUUGUAAAUCUGAAGUUUUUGAAUACUGCUGUAACUUACUGCAUGAUUUUAUUUGUGAACUAGUAAAUUUGUGUCAGUUAAACUGUAUGUACCAGUUUAUUUGUGCUUUCUGUUCAUAUUUGAUUGGGUUGCUAUAUUGUGGAAACUGAGGAGUCACCCAUUUCUUUUGCCCUUUAUAACUUUUUGUUCAAAUACCUCUUAGGUGACAUGUCACCUUUGAAAUAGUUUUGAGUGUUAUAAGUAUUUGAAGUGUUUAAGUGGAACUACAGGCUUCAAAGGGCCAUGUUAUUUAAUAACUGACUGAAAAAAGAUAAACAUUUUACCUUGGCUAGUACAGGGGAUAAGAUUCCAUAAGAUCAAUUAUAGUUUUUGGAACAUUACACAAUGUAUGAAAAAGGUCAUUGAAAUGGUUCAUAUUUGAUGUUAUUUUUCAGUAAUAUUUUAAUGUCUCAGCAUUGCCCAAUUUCUAAAAGAUUUGAGUAAAAUCUGUUUUAGGAUUUUUAUUUAUUUUAAAAAUAUGUAAAGGAAUUUUUAAUGACGUCUUUGUUAAAUGAAUUAAAAAUUAGUUAUAAAGUAACACUAGGUAAUAAUGUUAUCCAGUUGGUAAGUCUUUGUAAGCAACUAAAUAUCAAAGUUUCUCUCCAGUUUGUAGCACUAAAUGUUUUAUUACAAAUAAUUCAGUUUAUAAAAAAUUGGAUAUGAUAAUUCACUUUGUUUGUAGUUCUUUCAGAUGAGAUCAUUGAAAAUGUAAGAUAUACAUCUUAUAUAUAUAAGCCUAUAAUUUCUAGUAUUUUCUGUAAUUAUAGUAAGAAAAUGUCUAUCUUGAAGAUGUAGCUGACAUUUUAUAUUGAUACAUAUAUGAACAUAACUUUAAACAUUUUUAAAUGUUCUUUAGUGCUUGAAUCUGAGAGGAAACAUUUUGCAUUAUUAUUAUUAAACCAUGCAUAUCUUGCAUCAUAAAGUUUUGUUAAAUCUUGUCCAGAUUUAAAGCUCUAAGUUUGUUUAAUUUUUUGAUUCUGUUAUUAAAGGUGUAGAAAUCACUAAAUUAUACAUUUGUAUUUUAAGCUAAUUUAUUUGUUUUAUUUUUUAUUUGGUAAAACUCACACAUUUCUCAGAUAAGUGUAUUGUUUUUCUCUGCGUGUUCAAAAAAACGUUUUAUAAAUAUUAACAAGUUUGUUGUAUUAUCAUAGUGUAGUACUUAAAACACUAAAGAAUAUUUUUUGAUCAGGAGAAGACAUGCCUUUUUUACCAGAUUUUCUUUAUUUUAGGUUUCUCCAGUUAUUUUUUAUGACACAUGCACACAAUCUGUCUACCAAUAAUGCAGCUCACUGACAGUAUACUAACUUUUAUGCUGCUAUAGAUUUUAAGUAUGAUUGUUUAGUUUAUAAAAUUUUUUCUUUAUGAAAAUUUCUAAAAAAAUAGUCAUUAGUAUGCAUGAUAGAAAGUUGUUACACAGCAAUAAAAAUUUUGAUUGUCAGUAAAUUGAUCAAUAGGCAUGCCCCAAAUUCCUUUUUUUUUUUAGGUUUAACUGUUCGCAACUUAAAACAAGUCAUCCUUCUCAACAAACACAGAAUACUUGGAUGGCAGGUACUUUGAAAGGGAACAAAACAAUUAAUACAGUGUAUCUUAAGUUUUCAGUGAGACCAUUAUCACAAACAGCAAACCUUCAUGAAGUCAAGUUGCUUAAUUUGUUUAGAUUGUGUCAUCUCAGAAAUGGCUUAACAAUUAAUAAAAGCAGUGUUUCUGUAACGAAAAGCACUUGGAUUUUAACAUUGCUUUGCUAGUCCAAUAAGACUGAUUCUGAAAAAGUGCAACUA